AUGUGCCGGGUCCAUCGCAGGGUUUAUGUUAGGGAGGAUGGCCAUCGUUCGACGUAUGAGGAGGCUUUUUUUCCCUGCGAGAAGGCUCGAAAGGGCAGGCUUUGCUCGAAUGUCCGCACGAGGAUCACUGAGUACGAUCCUAGAAAAGGCUCAAAUGUUCCGGAUUCGCUUCCCUCACCGAUCGAGCCUCCAUCAUCAACCACUCACCUUUCCCCACCUUCAUCAACUGGUGUUCGAGUGCCGUCGUCAUCAGAACACAGCCGAUUCUCCUCGUCAUCAGCCGGUAGCGAAUAUUCUUCAUCAGACCAUAGCCAAUUCUCAUCAUCCUCGUCAUCGUGGUCUCAUUCUGGCUCGGCCCGAGCGUCAUCCUUCAAUGUCACGAAAGUCACCCCCCAGGUCUAUCAGGACGAACCCGGUGUCGCGGUUCGAAGUUCAAGGCUAGCACCCAUAACCUUUGGAAUUCAAGCGGUUCUCCCACAACUUCCUGAACAUGACGCAGUCGACUUUAAAAAUACUAUGCACGGGUAUUACGUUGAAGAUGAAGAAGGUGCGCUACCUUUAGAUGGUCGAAACCGGUCAAAAUUGCACAUCCGUGACGGCAAAGAGCGAUUGCGAAGUGAGCUUCAAGGAGAGUUACAUCCACGAUUCAUUCAAACCCUUGAGAAAGUUGAUCGUGAGGCAGCGGAAGAAAGAGUAUAUGGUCUGGAAAUUUCCCAACAUGCUCGGGGGCGGAACAGAAGAGAUUUAUUACAAGCAGAGCUCUCACAGAAUGAGCAACGGGGCGCUCACAUUCAGAAGCAUAAAAUUGUGGAAGGCGAAAGCAAGGCCUCAAGAGCAUUGAUACAACCGGCUACCCAGCGCAUACAUGCUCCACCACACGUAUCGUUCCCACCAAAUUUUGUCUUAAAGCCAACAUCAGCUCGUCAAUCUUCAUUAUCAUCCGAAAUUCCGUCCGCGUAUCAGGACACAUCUCAGUAUAAUCCUUUUGCUCCAGCAAUUACCUAUCCUGGACCAUCACCAGCUAUUUAUCAAGACCCAUGGGAGGACGACGAUGUGAUGCAUGGUCAUAGCCGCAGAAGAUGGAGCGACAGAUCGAACUCCCACGUCAGAUCCAAAACAACCGUUAGAGCAACGACCGGUAAGCCGACGGCGGGUGCGCCAGAGAUCGAUGAAGUAGCGAUGAAUGAUCCGAAAAUUUCCGAGCAUGACAGGUUAGUUACUGAUACUGUAGUUCCUGUAUCCCGGGACAAAGUCAUUGACACAGCCGACAUGCUGUACAAUACCGCAGCUGUUCAGCAACAAGACCGCCUAUAUCAUGCUACUCCACUGGAGGUUACAGAAAGUUCAUCAAGCGUGAAGACUCCCAUGCCAUCUUUGUCCACCUUGUCGACAGAUUUUUCUCGACCACGAGAAAGAGCUAACGACAGCAAGCAGAGUCUAGCAAAUCAGGAUGCUGCAGUGCUAUUCCAAGAGGUCACACCAAGUUAUGCUGAUCUUUCACCGCAGCAGGUCAGCGGAAGCAGUGCCGUUGAAGGCAGUGAGGAUCGCAAGACAAUUGAAGAAGAGCACAUGUUGCUAGCACCAAGCACAUCGCCCCCUCCUUCCUCCUAUCGAACACAAAUUGGCAAUCUAGCUGUCUCGAUACGUGCUACUCUAGUCAGUCUGGGGUAUCUAGAGACCCCGUUGAAGGAAGGGUACAUCAGGCUUAGAUGGCAGUGUAAGUGCAAAGAGAAGUUUUCCGGUGAUGUGUUUGAGUAUCGCGAGGGUGGAGUUGAUAGGCUCAUUGAACGAAUGGAACAAUCUACAGGAUGUAGGGUAGGCGCCACUUCGUACAACCAAGCGACGACAAACCAGCGAUACGCAUUUCGAACUCCUGCUUGGACGCGGGGAAUUACCCAGAAGGUGUCUUCUACCUUUAAACGUCUCGUAGGUGUACCACCAGGCCUGCCGCAGCAUAGGCAAGCUGGUACAAGCACGGCUUGCGCUCUCCAAGCCAUAGAAUUGCAGACGCCGCAGCAGAACCUGCACUUGAUGGCAUGCAUGCAGCGUGGCCGGUAUCUUCGGACCGUGCAUCAGGACCGCAUCGAUGACAUCUCUAACGAUCAAGCGCUUUUCACCUUCAUGCAAAAGCUAUUGGCGAGACACAGGGGACGCAUUCGCAAAAUAUUCUCCCUCAAAUGUGUACAAGGCAUAUACUUUGUCAAAUUCCGCCUUCGAGCAGGUGGGAGUGCAGAGGUCCGCAACCACGAACCUUGCUGUACUUCUUCAACGCAGAGGAUAUGCGAGUGUUUGCCACCAGCACCAAAAGUCGAGCCAUCUCCAGAUGCGGAGUACAGAUGCGCCCCAGCUGGUCCGCUCGACAUAUGGCCUCCAGUUCUCUCUGAAGAAUUGAUGCACAUGCUCACGUCGCCCCAAUGCAUAACUCCCAAGGAGACUUUUGUGCUCGAACAACUACCCAAGCGUACCAAGGGAGAGCUGAUAGGGACCAUUGGUCGACCAGCAGAGGGCUGGGGCAUACAUUUCCAGGAAGGUUGGGACUUUGAUCUACUCAUUGGUCUUGUCCUUGCUGUCUUCUUGUUGGCCAGCUUACUGUUCGCCGUACUUUGGAGCCACUUCAAGCUUGAUGUUCAGGGCGCGUUCGGAGUGAGUUCGUAUAUGGUUACGGCUUCGGGUAUAUUCGUCGCAUGGUUCGCGAAUAGGGCUGGGAAGUUAGGAUAG